AUGUCGAAUACAAAUCAAAAUCAAUCCGAAAUCGAUGAAAAUUCUAAUUUACAACAACAAGAAAAUUUAAUUUUUCAACAAAGAACAAUAUCAAAUAAUCUUAAUCCUCGUAUUCGAGAACGUCAAUCAUCUGUUCUAUUUAGAAUAUUAAUGAUUUAUUUCAUUACAUUAUUUUUUCGUCGACCAACAACAGUUCAUUCAAUAGUAAAUAGACGAUUAUCAAUUAAUAAUCCAUCAAUUUCUAAUACUGUUUCUAUGCGUGAAAAUCUUUAUACAACUGGUGAUUUACUCAAUAUUUAUUAG